AUGGCUAUGUUAAACUAUAAGGCCCUUAGUCCGCCCAACAAAUGGAUAUGCAGGAAACCAAGACAAACUUACUAUUUUCCUAAAAUCAAGACCAUAUUCACAGGCAUCCCCAAAUCCGGGUCUUCAAACUGGAAAGAGUUCCUAAUGAGAGCGGAAGGUACCUUGAACGUGAGUUUAGGACCAAGUCAAGUCAAUACCAUUGACAAGUUGUAUUCCGAUAAGUUCCGGUUAGGCGCUCAUUCAAAUGCUGCUGACGUUUACAAGGCGGUUAGAAGAGGUGAAAAUAUUUUCAGUUUUGCAGUGGUUCGCAACCCCUGGACCAGGUUGGUCUCCGGGUACAGAGACAAACUGUCCGGCGAGGUAACACCUGGGAGACCUGCUUUUGGAGGAAUAGCCCGGAGAAUAGCAUAUGAGAUGAACCUGCAAGAUAACAUGACCAAUAGUGGAACACACCCCACUUUUAACCAGUAUCUGAGAUGGCUGGUGGACAAUCCUAAUAAGUUAAACGACCACUUUACACCCCAGCACCUCCAACUGUGCAUCCCUUCAGCUAGAUACGACUACGUCAUACCUUUGGAGUACAGCAGUGUGCUUAACAAGGACAUUAACCAGAAGUAA